UGCGAUGGUUGCUUUCCUAUUUAAAGAUGAGAAGUUUGUUACAGCAAGACAGUUUGGUUGACGCUGUUAAAGUAAACAUAUCUCAACAUCACGUUGACUUUUGUAAACGUGUGAAUAUUUGACGUGUGCUAUUAGUAUAAUGUACAAUCAAGACGAGCUUGAGGCUCCGGGUUGGUUGAACGAUGAGUUCUUCCGUUAUGUGAUGCGCGAAUCAAAUAACGAUCCAACGAUCGAGUUAAUCAAGCCAUGUGUUUUACGUCCGGGCACCAAUAAAGGGGACCAUUACGCUAGUGUCAUGUUCCGCACGACCGUCACGUAUCGAUCCCAGCGUUCAAGUGAAGAGCAAUCGGCCAACAUCAUCAUGAAAACGAAGCCUGAAGCUGAAGGAUUGAAGAAGGAGCUUCUGGAUGACGAUGGAUUGUUUGCGAUAGAAAUUGAAAUGUACAGCAAGGUUCUUCCGGAGAUGACAAGAAUGUUAAAAGAGAUAGGAGAAGAGUACAAAUAUCCUCGAUACAUUUACGGUGCGUUGAAACCCCGCACGAUCCUGAUUUUGGAAGAUAUUAGUGACCAGGGAUGGGUGAUGGGCGAUUUCAUCAGCACGUUGGACGAUAUGAAGCCAAUAGUGAAAGAUAUUGCUAUGUUUCACGCUGCGUCCGUGAUGUUGGAAAGCGCUGACUCAACAUUUGCUGAAAGACACACUUAUUCAAUGGGUGACAAGUUUAUAGGGUUUGAAGGUAUGAUCACGAAGGGCUUUGGGGAUCUGAUGCACCUCACAAAGACGUAUUCGGAGUUUGCACACUUUGCAAAGCCAUUGCAAAAGUUCCAGGAUAAUAUACGUGAUCUUUACGUAUCAUUUUACAACCAUUCGAAGACGUAUCAAAACGUGCUGAUACAUGGAGAUUUUCAUAGUAAAAAUAUGCUGCACAAAAUCGAUGCUGAAGGACGACACACCGAUACGAUACUGCUUGAUUAUCAGAUCUGUUGCUGGACCAGUCCAGCGGUUGAUUUGUACUAUCUACUGGAUAUGAUACCGACUCAAGAGGUGAAGGACAAACAUCGUUCUGAGUUGAUAUAUAUGUAUUAUCAACAGUACAGUGAUUUACUGAAGCGGCUCGGAUAUCUUGGGAAAAUACCGUCCUUGCUGGAUCUGCAGAUAGAGCUUCUACGGUAUGCUUCGCUAGAGCUAAUCCACUACGCAAUAUUUAGCUCGUUCCGCUACAUGGAUCAAACAGCGAUCGAUAUCGAGGCUUUGCUUAAAGGAGAGCUAGAUAAUCCCGUCCUCAAUAAUCCAGAGUUCAAGAAGCUAAUGCAUACCGAGCUAACGCGCUUCCUACAUCAAGGCACAUUAUCAAGAGCAGCAGCCGACGCGCCGGGCUUAGAUUGGAUGCGUUUAUUUUGCGGGACCAGUUGUAAAGCAACAUCGCGAUUGAUUGUGUGGGCCAGUCACAAUUUCGGGCCGUUCGACCGGUUAUCGCGUUGCCGCACCUGUACGAGUGAGAUUAUCGCCGGAGGGUUUACCGCAAUCAUGACGGAUCCGGCGCCGGGACUGGAAUGGAUUGAUCGGGAAUAUUUUACGCGCGUACUGGAAACAUACCUUCAUGCGGACGUUACGGUGCAGCGGUACGAACUGGCUGCCGGAUGUCCGGACGGGCAGAAUUUCAUGAGUGCCAUUGUGCGUGCUACCGUAGACUACACGCUAGCCAGUGCGGAACCGCAGGGCCGCACGGAGAAGGUGUCGUUAAUUGUGAAAACGAAGCUAGCAAACCCGGAGCUUGCUGAAGGCGCGGAUCAGCUCAACGUGUUCGGUAUAGAGAAAACCGUGUACGGACCGGUGCUGAAAGCGGUACGCGAGCUCCUGACCAGCUACGGUGACUGUACACAGUUUGCUCCGCGCUUUAUCUACGAAGAUGAGCACGCACUGGUUCUGGAGGAUUUGGCUGUCAAGGGCUACCGGCAACCGGACCGACGGGCACGGCUGGAUGAGCCCCACCUGCGGCUGGCGGUGAAGAAGUUGGCCAAAUUUCACGCAGCUACAGCUGUGCUUUGGCGCAAGAAUCGUGACCUAUUCAGCGUGCUUGCGAGUAGCAGCUUUGCCAGCGAGGGUAAUCCCGUCCAUCUGUUCUACGCCAACGCGAUUCAGCAUUGCAUCGAUCAGACGGAGAAGGUGCCCGAGCUGCGACGGUACACUGAUGACCUUCGUUCAUUUCUGGAGCACGCCAUUGAAAGGGAGGCGAAAAGCUACGAAAGCGACGAAACGUGCUUCACCGUGCUGAACCAUGGCGAUAUGUGGUUGAACAAUCUGCUAUGGAAGUACGACGCGGAAGGGACGGUUAGCGAUGUGAUCAUGGUGGAUUACCAGGAGAGCUUCGUCGGUUCGCCCGCAUUCGAUCUAAACCACCUGCUGUACUCAUCCGCCAAUAGUGCGAUCCAGCGGGCCGGGUUUGAGGAGCUGGUGCAGCUGUACACCGACGAGCUGCGAGAUGCACUGCGCCAAUUCAAAUACGACGGUCCGCUGCCGGAUCUGGCACGCGUCCAGUCGGAAAUGGCAACCAAACGCGACCAUGCGCUGAUCGUAACGACGUGCAUUGUGCCACCACUGAUACUGGAAAACAGCGAGCUGGCCACGCCGGAGAACAUGCUCGGCGAUCACGAGGAGGCGAUUCGCGCCCGGGAAGAGAUAUUCAGCAAUCCAAAGUUUAUUGAAAUUCUUUCCAUUCUGCUACCGCGUCUCAUGGCGACCGGGCCCAAUAAGGGUUGACACGGUUCUGCCUGUGAGUAAAAACCCACAAGAUGUGUUCCACUUGGAAACCAAGGGUAUUGGCCAGUAUUUCUAGACGUAUUUCUUUGUGUUUAGACCAUUGAUUUCCGGCUGAUGCAUCGUGCCGUAAUACACAAUAAAAUAAAUUAGGUCACGUAUUUGGUUUGCAUAGAGCCGCAGGCUUGGACGAAA